AUGAACGUCGGAGUGAAUGGAGGUCGCUUCGAUUUUGAUGACGGCGGUACCUAUUGUGGGGGGUGGAAUGAUGGUAAAGCACAUGGACACGGUGUUUGUACAGGUCCCAAAGGUCAAGGUGAAUAUUCGGGUGCAUGGCAAUAUGGUUAUGAAUUUUCGGGCAUCUAUUUAUGGCCGGCAGGAAACUCAUAUGAAGGACAAUGGAUGAGUGGAAAACGACAUGGAUUGGGUGUUGAGAAAAAGGGAAGAUGGAUUUAUAAAGGCGAAUGGACACAAGGCUUUAAAGGACGAUAUGGUAUACGUGUAUCGGAUAUUUCAGGCGCUAGAUAUGAAGGCACAUGGGCAAAUGGCCUUCAAGAUGGAUAUGGAGUUGAAAUAUAUGCAGAUGGUGGUAUUUAUCAUGGUCAGAUACAGCAAGGACUGCGCCACGGUUUUGGUAUUCGACGAAGUGUGCCAUAUGGUGUUGCAUCACGUUAUCGAUCAAAAGAUGUACGCGAUUCUUUAACAUCACUUCGUUCAGAAGAAGAUGAUGAACGAACACAACGUGAACGAGACAAGCGUAUGGAUGAAAAUCGUGGUGGAUUUGUAUUACGUUCAAGAUCUGAACCACAUGAUUCAUCAUCUCGUAGUGCUAGUCAAGGACCACGUCGUGGUUCAUUAUCAAAUAGUGCUGAUCGUCGUACAUCAUUACGUAAAACUCUUCUAUCAAAAUUACGUAAACAAAAAUCAACUAGUGAUAUUGAAGAUUUAUCGAUAACAAAAAAGACAAGUUCAUUUCGCUCAACAGCAAGUACAGUCAGUGGUGAUUCAAAGCAUUCAGUUAAAACAGCUACAAUGAUAUCAUCACAUCCGAAUACACCCAAUUCAUUUGGUACAUUAGAUGAUGGUGAUCAUUCAUUUAUAUCUCAAGAUGAUAUACUUGAUAAUAAUGUUGUUGAAACAUAUAUGGGUGAAUGGAAAGCUGAUAAACGUACUGGAUUUGGUAUAGCUGAACGUUCAGAUGGUUUAAAAUAUGAAGGUGAAUGGUUUAAUAAUAAGAAGAAUGGAUAUGGAGUUACAACAUUUCGAGAUGGUAGUAAGGAGGAGGGAAAAUACAAAAAUAAUGUUUUGGUAACCGAUAAACGUAAACCAAGUAAAUUAUUCUUACUUCGUUCAUCUAAAUUUCGUGAUAAAAUUGAUUCUGCUCUAAAUCAUGCAAUGAAAUCUGCAACAACAGCACAACAAAAAGCUGAAAUUGCCAUGGCUAGAGCAAAUAAUGCUCGUUCAAAAGCACAUUCAGCUGAAAUUUAUGCAAAACAAGCUCGAAACGAUAGUGUAGAAGCUCGAGUAUCUGCUAAAGCAGCUGCUCCUGAUUUUCGUCAGCCAGGUGAAGAAAAACCACAACCAUUCAUCUCAUUAGAUAUUGACCGACAAAUUGAUGGAAAACCACUUCCAAGCAAUCAUAUCAAUGUCAGUCCACCAAAUGGUCGUUUACCAAUGUCAUCAAACUAUCUUCCAAAUAGUUCAAUACCAUUACCAUUACAUAUAUCUCAAUCUCAUCCAAUUACAGCAACAGCAUCUCCAUCAUUUCCACUAGAUGGUGGAGUUUAUCAAGGUCAACCACCAACACAAGCCAAUAAUUGGAAUCCAAAUACAAAAAAUGUUGGAUCAUCAUCUUCUACAAUUCCUAUGCAUCAACAACGUCAAGAUUAUUAUCGUGAUGUUAAUCAACUUCAACCACAUCAUCCACAAAAAGCUAUGCCAACAACACUCUAUAAUGAAACACCCGAUCUACGUACAGGUUUAUCCGUGUCUAAACAUCAUUCAAAUUUCACUCAACCAUUAUCGACCGAUAUUUCAGUACCAAACAAUUUAAAUUAUGAUUAUGAUCGUACGAAUUUUAAUUCAGUAUCGCCAUCACAAUCAUCUCCUUCACAAUUUGUACAGAAUGCCGUCGGUGUAGGUGAACGCUCAACAUCUAAACGAAAUACAUUUAAAAGGACUACUCGUGUCGAUGCAUCAAACGAGGAUCUUCUUCAUGAUCCACAACAAUUUAUUGAACAUCAUCAUCAAUUACAACAGCAUGAAUAUAAUCAGCCGUCGUCAAAUCUUCAUGCUCCUCGACCUAUACGUCAUCCAUCCGGUCUUCGACCAAAUGUAUCACCAUAUAUGUCUGGACCUAGUACUAGUAAUACUGGUGUUCGACAUAAUCUUAUUCACGGUGCUCAUGAUUCUCCCCAUUCAAGUGUUUAUGAUUCAGGUUUAAGUUCACUUGGUACAAGUUUUGAUCGUGAACAACAUCAUAUAUUUUAUUUAGGUAAUCAAAAUCAUCCAUCAAUAUCAACAACACCAAAAACAUUUACAGUUGAACAAUAUGAGGUUCCACAACCAAUUCCUAUCCCAAGACGGAAAUCUUUACCGAGUAUUGUUAAAACUAAACCUGGUGAUUAUAAAAUUGAUGAAACCGCUCGAUCAAGUGAUAAUUUACAAGAAAAAGAAACAUUUAUUAUUGAAAAUGGUAUACGUAAACGUGUCACUGAAUUAGGACCCACUUAUACAGAAAGUGGUACACCAAUACCACAAGCAACUGUGAUGACGAGCAGUAGUGGUUCACCUACUCUUGCUCGUCGUAUUAUUCUCGAAAGUGUUACACAAGUUGAUGCACCAACAUCAACUAUGAGUGGUACCGGUGGAAAUAAACGUGGUAGUAUGCCAACACUUGUUACUGUUGCUAGACAACGUCAAGCAGCUCCUAGUAAGUUUAUUAAAAAAGAAAAUUUUUUUUGUUUUCGAAAUUUAACAACAAUUUUCUCCUUAUUUCUAGGUAUAUCAAGAGAAGAAGCAACGAUACUCGGUUCUCAACGACGAGAAGAAUUGCGACGUUUACGUGAUCGUGAUUCAACUACUUUUGGUCGUCUUAAAACUUUGUUACAGAAUGUCAUCUAUCGAAAUCGAGUGUUUAUUGCCAUUUUCUUUCUAAAUUUAUCCCUUGCUCUUUGGUUCAUUCAAUUGUUGAGAUGA